CAGUGCGCGUCCCCGACUGCAGCUCUCGGAGCGGCGGCGCGUUCAUGACGGCCAAGGGCGCGCGCCCGCAGACGUUGCUCAGGCUUCAAGAUGGCGGAAGCCCUGACAACUCAAGAAGAGGUGGCAGUGGAGGAGUUUCUGGCUGAGGUGAGAUGUAGAGAACAGUCACAGAAUGCCGCCCUCGUCAGUCAAAUCACUGCAGUCAAGUUCCUCAUGGCGCGAAAGUUUGAUGUCCGUAGAGCCAUAGACCUCUUCCAGGCUUACAAGAAUACUAGGAUAAAGGAAGGUAUCUACAAUAUUAAUCCUAAUGAAGAACCUCUGAGGACUGAGCUGCUCAGUGGCAAAUUCACAGUUCUGCCAGGGCGUGAUGCAAAGGGUGCAGCCUUGGCACUCUUCACUGCUCGCCUCCACCGGCCCGAUGAUACUACCCAUAAGGCUGUUCUUCAGGCCAUCAUAUAUCAGCUGGACAAGGCCAUAGAGAGUAUUCAGACUCAAAGAGAUGGUCUUAUAUUCAUCUAUGACAUGACAAACUCAACCUAUGCCAACUUUGACUACGAACUCUGUGUGAAGAUUUUGAACCUCCUCAAAGGUGCUUUCCCUGCCCGAUUAAAGUGUGUAUUCAUCGUGUCAUCGCCUCUCUGGUUCAGAGCUCCGUUUGCCGUACUACGUCUUUUUGUGCGAGAGAAACUCAGAGAGAGGGUAUGUACAGUAAAAGCUCAUGAACUGGCCAAUCACAUCCCAGUCAGCUCCCUCCCAGAGCACCUUGGAGGCUCAUCACAGUACAGCCAUAUUGCAUGGAUCCAGUCAUGCGUCAACUCCAGCCCCAACAACCCCACCAACUCACCCUACGCCACUGCGGACUGCCUGGGCAGCUUAUUGCGUUCCUACUCCCUUGAACAAAACCAGUCGGCCAACAGUAACCCCAUCACUGCCAACACCUCCGCCCAGGUGGGGGCCACCCUCCUUGGAGACGGACUUAACUCCAACUGCCCCCACCUGGAUGAUGGUAAUGCAAACCUGCAGAACCACAGGCAUGCCCACUGGAACGGGUCAGUGCUGCCAGGGUCAGGGCUCAUCACAGGCUCGAAUGCCAACGUUGUAAAUGGUCGCGGGCACCAGCCUCCCCCACAGUCUGACACGCCGCCCGACACACCCCUGCACCAAAAACACACCUCAGACAUGGCGGGCGCCUCGGUGACUAGUGGCAUGCCUGUCGAUAACUGCAGGCAAGAAGGCAAUGGUGCCGAGGACAGCCAGCAGGAAGGUGACUUUUUCGAAGAGGAUGCAGGAGAUGGAGUCCCGCCCCUUCCUCAGAAAUCCUCAAGGCAGACACCCCUGUCCCGCAGCCCCGUCCAGGACAUGAGCUGGUUGCCAGGAAUGGGUGGGGAGGCAUCGGUGACGUCCAUACAUGUCGCGGAGCCAGGGGGCAUGACUGUGCAGGAACUGGUGCAGCACAUCAAACGCAAGAAAAAGAAAGGCAUCUACCAGGAAUACGAGGAGAUCCGCAAAGAACCGCCUGCUGGAACCUUCGACUACUCCAAGAAACCAGCUAACCAAAUAAAGAAUCGCUACAGUGACGUCCUCUGUUUGGACGAAUCUCGCGUGCGACUUUGUCCUCUCAACGAUGAGGAUGAUGAGACAUCUGACUACAUUAAUGCAAGUUUCAUGGAUGGCUACAAGAUGACAAAUGCUUACAUCGCUACUCAGGGGCCUUUGCCAAAAACGUUUGCCGAUUUCUGGAGAAUGGUGUGGGAGCAAAUGGUAUUAAUCAUCGUAAUGACGACAAGAGUUGUGGAGCGAGGCCGGGUGAAGUGUGGACAGUACUGGCCUUUGGAAGCAGGCCGCACAGAAGAGUAUGGGUACUUCCUGGUGAGAAACGUCCAUAUUGAGAUGUUUCAGGACUUUAAACUGUCACAUCUGGAGCUCUAUAACAGUCAGACUGGUGAGUGUAGAGAGGUGUCUCAUUACCUCUACGUAAGUUGGCCAGAUUUCGGGGUUCCAAAGUCUGCUUCAGCCAUGUUAGACUUUCGGGCGCAGGUUAAACAGAGGCAGGAGCUUGCGUUACGAACGCUGUACCCAGAUUGGACAGGCCCUCCAGGGGGCCCUCCAAUAGUGGUUCAUUGCAGUGCUGGAAUCGGAAGGACAGGUACGUUCUGCACAUUGGACAUCUGCCUCUCGCGGCUGGAAGACAUUGGCACAGUGGACGUGAAGCAGACAGUGCGGCGCAUGCGCACACAACGCGCCUUCAGCAUCCAGACGUGGGACCAGUACUACUUCUGCUACAAAGCCGUAAUAGAGUACGCCCAGCAAAUGGGCCGCCUGCAGCCUGUGGAGUGGUCCGACACAGAGUUGGAGACAGACAGUGAGUGAGAGGCCGAGCGAGUAGUACAAACAACAGGGAGAGAGAAAAAGCGACACAGGGAGGAAGAGGCACUGAAAAAGAAGAGAUGCACGUCGGGCUCUUUUAGUCCUCCCUGCAACCUUCAACUAGGUGGAGUUACCUGACUCUGUGCUCAGUCUUUUUUUCCUUGCUGGGAAAACGGCAGGAAGAAGGGAGAGAAAAGAGCGGAGAAGAGGAUUCUUUUGUCCUGCCACUUUUCAAGCCCUUUUUUUUU